CAUUUUGCCAAGCAGCACUUAAUUUGGGCUUGUGUGAACUCUUGAGCCCGCCCACCAGCCCCCAGCCUCAGGAUGCAAGGACAUAUUUAAGGACACCCUCGCACCGUCGGCCUUUGUCCCAGUGGAAACUCCAGUCUUGUGGUAACAACUUGAAGGCCAGCCCGAAAAAGACCAAACAUGUGCGACGACGACGAAACCACCGCCCUCGUGUGCGACAACGGCUCCGGCCUGGUCAAGGCUGGGUUCGCCGGUGAUGACGCUCCCCGUGCUGUCUUCCCAUCCAUCGUUGGACGCCCCCGUCACCAGGGUGUGAUGGUGGGUAUGGGUCAGAAGGACAGCUAUGUGGGAGACGAAGCCCAGAGCAAGAGGGGUAUCCUGACUCUGAAGUACCCCAUCGAGCACGGCAUCAUCACCAACUGGGACGACAUGGAGAAGAUCUGGCACCACACCUUCUACAAUGAGCUCCGUGUGGCCCCAGAGGAGCACCCCACCCUGCUGACUGAGGCCCCCCUCAACCCCAAGGCCAACAGGGAGAAGAUGACCCAGAUCAUGUUUGAGACCUUCAACGUCCCCGCCAUGUAUGUGGCCAUUCAGGCUGUCCUGUCCCUGUACGCCUCUGGUCGUACCACCGGCAUUGUGCUGGACUCCGGUGAUGGUGUGACCCACAACGUGCCCAUCUAUGAGGGUUACGCUCUGCCCCACGCCAUCAUGCGUCUGGAUCUGGCCGGUCGCGACCUGACUGACUACCUGAUGAAGAUCCUGACCGAGCGUGGCUACUCCUUCGUCACAACUGCUGAGCGUGAGAUCGUGCGUGACAUCAAGGAGAAGCUGUGCUACGUUGCCCUGGACUUCGAGAAUGAGAUGGCCACCGCCGCCUCCUCCUCCUCCCUGGAGAAGAGCUACGAGCUGCCCGACGGUCAGGUCAUCACCAUCGGCAACGAGCGUUUCCGCUGCCCAGAGACUCUGUUCCAGCCUUCCUUCAUCGGUAUGGAGUCUGCUGGUAUCCAUGAGACCGCCUACAACAGCAUCAUGAAAUGCGACAUUGAUAUCCGUAAGGACCUGUACGCCAACAAUGUGCUGUCCGGUGGUACCACCAUGUACCCUGGUAUUGCUGACCGCAUGCAGAAGGAGAUCACCGCUCUGGCCCCCAGCACCAUGAAGAUCAAGAUCAUCGCCCCCCCUGAGAGGAAAUACUCCGUCUGGAUCGGCGGCUCCAUCCUGGCCUCCCUGUCCACCUUCCAGCAGAUGUGGAUCAGCAAGCAGGAGUACGAUGAGGCUGGCCCCUCCAUCGUCCACAGGAAGUGCUUCUAAACCUCCAACCAUCACCAAAAACCUCCACACCAACUGCACCAGCUCUCCUUCCAUAUCUAUAUUUCUACUGUGCCUUUUGCUGUAUAUACAUGUACUGUUGUAAUAAAAAUAGUUGCUUUUAACAGUAA